AUACUCAAAAAUCGAUUCCCAAUACAGGUGAAAAAUUUGAAAUUAUUUUCCCAAUUGUAUCCAUAUCGAGAUUUGUUUUAAUUUUAUUACUAAUUAAAAUUCCUAUCGAAUAAUAUUACAAUUAUCGAUAGUAGUUUCCUGUAUUUCGAUUAAUUUCAAACGAAAUAAUUUCAUAAGAAGAAAAGAAAAACCUAAACCGAUUAUUUUUUUAAAAUAACAAAGUAAGCGCUAUCGAGCACUUUAUCUUCUUUCGAUAAAUUUCUAACGAAAUAAUUUUCUAAAGUAGCAGAACUCGAGGCAGAUAUUUCUUUGAAACGCUACAUUUAUCAAUAGUCAUUUCUUUUCUUUUCGUAAAUCUUUCCUGAAGGAAUUUUCUAAUAUUACUGAAUUUUAAGGUGACUUUUUUUAAAAUUCUUAAUUUCUACGGAACUUUUGACCAAUAAUCCAUGUUUUAAAAUAUUCGUAAAAAUACGAAAAUGGAUCAGAAAUUAACUUAAUUAGAUCAGAUGGUUUGAUUAAAUAAUUAAAUUCAUAAUUUAUCACGAACAUUGAAUCGCUACGCCAUUGGAUAGCCAAGGCAAAGUCUAGUCAGGGAACAACUAACUUGUAUGCAUCGGAUUUCAACCGGUAAUAGAAUUAUUUUCCCUUGCCCCCGAUUGAUUUCUAGGCAGUGUCCAGUACUGCGUGCAGUGUCUCAUAGGUGAGAACUCGUGUAAAUAGUUAAAGGGAAUGGAGAAAAAUCGGGAGCAUGAACGAAAGGACAAUAAAUCUCAAGAAGGCGAUUUCCUUGACUUGGAAAACCAAGAAUGCGAGGAGUCUUCCGAACAAUCUAACAAGAAACCAUGGAAAAAAUCUAAGGAAGACUUGGCGUCGUGUAUCAAGACCGAAAACCAACAUCCAAACCAACAACUGAGGAUGAUUAGCUUGGACGAAGUUGCGUGGCAUGACACUGCUAACAAUUGUUGGAUCGUGAUACACGAUUUUGUUUACGAUUGCACAGAGUUGUUGAAGAACCAUCCUGGUGGAUCAGACGUGAUUCUUGAAUACGCUGGCAGAGACGCGACUUUGCCGUUCAUUGGCACUGGACACUCUUCUAUGGCGAGGCAGAGCUUAGAGAGAUACCUCAUUGGUGAACUUCCGCUCGAAGAAAGAAUCUUUCGUGUAUCCAACGGUGUCAAAGUCGCUGGACUUUAAUGUAUAAUAAUUACGUUUGAUAUUCUA